CAUAAAUAACCCUGAGUGCAGCUCAGGAGUCGCACAACAUUUACUAACAGCGGUAUAACUCUUCAGCUGCUCACUGUCAGUUCAGUUUUACGAACCAGAAGCAACCACACGGGAUUACGCUGGAUUGUAACAGCGUCAGCCUUCCAGAGUGAUUUCUUUGGGGAACGCUGACAGUGGUGGAGAAGCUGCUUCGGAGAUCUGAGUUACAGCCGCUAUGGAUUUCGAGACGUCAGGAGAGAUUUUUGACGAAGAUGUGGCAACUCAGUACAUGAUAGAACAAAGUCUUCUGGGAAACACUAAGCAGACUGAGUUUAGGGACAUAUUGUCUGAAGAUGGAUGCAGGAUCAUACAGACCAGUCCAGAAAGGGAUAAAAUAUCCAGUGCCAUUAAACGAGGUGAUGAAGCUGAGCUUCGUAAACUUACAAUCCAUCAGUCGUCUUUCUCCGAGGAGAACAGUGAAGGCCAGAUUCUCCUACACGAGGCAGCAAUGCAGAACAACCAGCACAUCCUGGAGAUUAUUUUCAAAGCAUCUCCCACAGACGCUAAGUCUGCAAAAACUCAUCAAGGCAAGACAGCCCUCUAUUUGGCUGUAGAGAAGGGGCUCUUGGAAAAUGCCUGCUACCUUUUGGACAAUGGAAGCAGCCCAGAUUGCCUGGACAAUGAUGAGGACUCGCCUCUUGUCAUUGCUAUACGAAACAACCACUAUGACAUGAUGAAGCUUCUUAUCUGCUUUAAAGCCAGCGUAAAUCAAAAAUUAGCGCACUGCAGAACGGCACUCCAUGAAGCUGCCCGUCUGGGCCUGACAGAUUCUGCAAAGCUGCUGCUGAAGUCUGGAGCUGAACCUGAUCCCAGGAGCACGUACGGCCUCACGCCUCUGGCUCUGGCGGCACAAGCUGGCCACUUGGAGAUAGUGCGGGAACUCCUAUGCAGAGGUGCUGAUGUGGAUUCUCAAGCUCAAGACUGGGCCACUAUCCUUUACGAAGCUUCUGCAUCCGGGAACCCUGAGGUCAUCUCUCUGCUGCUGGAGCAUGGCGCUGAUGCUAACAUCCCCAAACACACAGGCCACCUACCAAUUCAUAGAGUGGCCCAUCGUGGAUAUGUGGAAGCUCUGGCUCUCCUAAUUCCUGUGACCACAUUUGAGGCAGUGGAGGAGAGCGGCAUGAGCCCCCUGCACUCUGCCGCAGCUGGUGGACAGGCCCAGUGUCUAGAGAUGCUACUCAAUGCUGGCUACGACCCCAACUUCAUGCUUAACCCUUGGGUGAGGCGCAAUUAUGACGACCAGCGCAGGUCCGCUUUGUACUUCGCAGUAACCAAUGAAGAUCUGUCCUCCACCAAGUUGCUCUUGGAGGCUGGUGCAAUGCCCAACCAGGACCCUGUUAAGUGCUUGCAGGUGGCCCUGCGCCUUGGAAAUUACGAACUGAUCAACAUUCUGCUUAGAUACGGUGCCAACGUCAAUUACUUAAGCAGGGUGAACACCACGCACUUCCCUUCAGCUCUGCAGUACGCCCUGAAGGAUGAAGUUCUGUUGAGGAUGAUUUUUAAUUAUGGCUAUGACGUGCAACUCUGCUUUGACUGUCCAUAUGGCGAAAGAGCUCAUGUGCCAGAUGAUUACGAGGGCUGGACCAACACUGUCAUCAAAGAUACCAUGUUCUGUGAGGUGAUAUGUGUUAACUGGCUGAAACACCUCUCCGGAAGCGUGGUGCGUAUCAUGCUAGAUUACGUCGACCACGUCAGGUUUUGCUGCAAAAUUAAGACAACUUUGAUGGAGCAAAAACAGUGGCCGGAAAUCUGCAAGAUUCAAGAGAACGCGCGCUGCUUGCAGCACCUGUGCCGACUGACGAUCAGGAGAUGUUUGGGACGACUGCGCCUCAGAGCUCCAGUCUUCAUGAGCUUCCUGCCUUUGCCGAACCGCCUAAAGGAAUACAUCUUAUACAGAGAAUAUGAUCUUUAUAGGCAGAUGAGCAGCAGUUAAAAUGAGCUAGGAGAUAUGCCAGGGUUGAGUGAGAUUCAUAGAACUGUUCUUUGUUUCUACAAAUGACUUUGUGUUUGGCUGGUUUUAGCACCACGUGUAGAUUAGCGUCAAUAAUGGACACAAUUUGUUUAAGAUGCAGUUUAAAUUAAUAAGAUACAAUUUUUUUUAUGUGCAUUCAUGUAUAGUUUUUAUUCAGCUUUUUUUUAACACAGUAAGUCAUGUACAUUAUGUAAAUGCUGAAUUUGUAAAAAAAAAAAAAAACAGAAUCAUGCCACACCCCCUUUUGGAUUAAGAAGAGAAAUACAUAUCAUGUAGGUAUAUUUUUCCUUGUAGCUGUCUCUGUCUAUACAUUUGUUUAGCUCAAUUUGCAAUAAAGGAAUUAAAAGGUUCAUGUGGUGCGGUUAACAUUGUCACAUUGGAUAUGAAUUGUAAGAGAAACACCGGGUGAGGGGUGAGGUGGUUGUAGCUGCCAAAGUGUGCUUUGAAAUAAUUUAUAC